AUCAAAAUUCAAAAAUAGGAAAAGACUUUGAGUUCCCUCCUUCUUUUUCUUCUUCUUCUUCCGUUAAACUAGGGUUUCAAAUUUUUCUUCUGAAACUAUUAAUUACAACUAUGAACCAAACCCUCUCAAAGCCCUACCAUCUCCCAAACCCUAACCCUAACCCUCCAAACCCACACGACCCCUAUCUCUCCAUCCUCCAAGACUCCAUACACCGCUUCAUCGCCGAUUACCAAAACUCCGUCACCGACUUCUCCAAUUUCUCUUCCAUUUUCUCCCGACUACUUCACACCAUUCCCGAUCCUCCACUCGAAAUCAUCUGGUUCUACUCUGCCGUCACAUUUCGUACCUCCAAAUUCACAGUUCCCGUCGUCAAGGACUUGUUCCAGCUCCUCGUUUCCUGCUCGGCCUCGUGUAGUGGACCGAAGAGAAUUGCUCUGCUCGCUCCGGUGGCUUAUGAGUUGUGUAAUUUAGCUUUUGGAGCUGAGGUGGAUGAGGAAGAAGAUGAGGUUCAGAGCUUGUUAGAAGGGCUUAUAAGCUAUAUUAGCAUUUCUUGUAGCGGAAGCUAUGAUCAUGAUGAUGGCGGUGAUGGUUUGAGUUCGUGUUUUUUGGAUGUGGUUCGUGUUUGGGUUGUGGAUAGAGUUGGGGUUGGUGGCGGUGGAGAUGAAUUGUUGAAAGUGUUUUUCCCUAUUGUUAGUGAUGAAGCUCGAAAUGGGAUGAAGAAGAUGAUGGGAAUUGGGUAUUUAGCUGGGGUUGUCAUGUGGGAAUCUUUCUUGCUAAAUCUUUGCUUCAAAUUUCGUGUUCUUCAAACCUCGAGAGUGGAAUUGGAGAAGGAGGUCCGUAGUUGGGUGGCUCAAACAGUCACUGGGUUUCGAUGUUUUCCCUUUUAUGAGACUCUGUUUAGGACGUUGCUGGAACCAGUUUUGCCUGUCUCUAACCUGUUGAAGUUUAAAGACCAAUGUCUUUUACAAGAAAUUCUGUAUGACUCUGUGAUAGUGGUAAACUAUUCAUUUCUCAAACCUCAAAUAGGGAUACAGUUACCAAGUGAACGACUGAAAAGUCUUGCUAUAACAUGGUUACUUGUUGCUGACAACGCUAUGAGGUUUGUUAGGAACAAUGAUGACCAGAGCAAAGUCAUUUCUUAUUUAAAUGCCUUCACUGAAUCUUGCCUUGCCUCUCAUUUGAUCAAGUGGCUUACAAAUCAGAUUGGCACCGAGGGAAGAAACUUCAGACCAAACAUUUCAACUCCGGUGGCACUUAUAAAGUGGAUGCUACUUGUUGAAGAGCAAGGAGUAAGAGUGUUUGAUUGUGAGAUUUCCAAGCUUCAAGCCAAAGGAGUUAUAUGCAAGUCAAGAGUUGAGUAUGUGCUUCCAGAAACUAAACCAGAUGAGAAAAAACUCGAUAGCAAUGAUCUUGUGAUGGUUGAUUCUGUGGACAAUGUAUCAUCUAUGGCUCUUAACGGCAUUAUAGACACAGUUGCAUUUGACGGGACAAGAAAACGCAAAGGAACAGUGGACGAGACAGGAAUACAGGUUAAGUUUCUCAAGUAUCAAUUUCAUGAGAAUUCUGCGAAGAAAGAGUUUCCUUUUUUCGGUAGUGAUGGUAGUUUGAGCAGUGAGAGUGAAGUAGACAAUCCAGAUUCCGAUAGCGCCAUGGAAGAAGAUAUGCAGCAAUGAGAGAGCUUUGACAUGUUAGCGAUGCAUUCAAGGUAUGCGCUCUUAGCUUUUGACUUCUGUAACUUCUAUUAUCCUUGAAACUUCAGGAAUGUAUUUAGGUGUAUAAAUAAACAUAUCUCCAUCAUAGAUGGAUGGAUGAUUCCAUAUUAGAUUGGAGUAAUUAGAUGAAAAGUAUCAGAAUAUAGUUUGUGUGCAUUAGUUUGGUACAUCUUAACCUUUCAUUUCCACCAACUUCAUUGUAUUAUCAAGUAAAUUGACUUUGAUUCUAGAGACCAUGGCAGAGAAAAAUCCAUUUUGAGUAUUAUGGC